AUACCCUUCAGCUCGCCCUCGGAGGCAGCCUUCAGCGCGGCCAGGAUGUCGGCAUACUUGGCCGGCUUCUCCAGCACCACGGUCAGGUCGACCACGGAGACGUCCAGGGUGGGCACGCGGAAGGCCAUGCCCGUCAGCUUGCCGUUGAGCGCGGGCAGCACCUUGCCCACGGCCUUGGCGGCGCCGGUGGAGGAGGGGAUGAUGUUGUUCCCCACCGCACGCCCGCCGCGCCAGUCCUUCUUGGACGGCCCGUCCACCGUCUUCUGGGUGGCGGUGGUGGCAUGCACCGUGGUCAUCAGCCCCUCCUUGAUGCCAAACUUGUCGUGGAUGACCUUGGCCAGGGGGGCCAGGCAGUUGGUGGUGCAGGAGGCGUUGGACACCACGGUGUCGUUGGCCGCGUCGAACUCGGUGUGGUUGACGCCCAUCACGUACAUGGGCGCGUCGGGGGAG